UAUUACUCAUAGUUGCCAGAUAUGGAAAAUAAGGAUCCUAGCCUGAAGUUCACUUCUAUAGAACAAGUAGCGUCCCAAGAGAGCACUGAUUUGAUAGAUGAGGACCAAAGGCAGUAUGGCAGGCUCGUAUCUUUCAAUUGUGAGUAUAAAUUUAUUAUGAUGAUACCUAAACGACCCUAUGACAUUAUUGCGAACCAUAAAACCCAACUAGACAGGCAAGCAAUUCAAAAGAUUAUCAAGCUAGCCUCAGGUAUCAGAAAGAUGGGAUAUCUCGUAUUUCGGGAGAUGAAGAAGGACAAGCAGUUUAUCUAUCACCCUAGUGAAUGAAAUUUGAGUCAAAAAGUUGAACAGACUUCACUUUGAAGCAAGCCAAAUAGCCUCAGUUAACUUUAGUCUUUAUGAGAGAAACUUCAUUCGGAUGAUUUCUUCUGUAUCACAGUUGGUUCAAAUUAAAAAUUUCACUGUAUCCAAUAGAAGCUUUGGUAGAAUCUUAAUGAGCCCAAGAGCGUCUAUCAAUAUCAGCUUCAGUCAAUGAAAUAUCUCCAUUCAAGGGUUCAACUAUCUGAAUAAUUGUCAGCCAUCAGUCCAUAUACUCCACUUAAACGAGAACAACAUAAUUCAGCCUGAAGAGGACAACGUGUAUUUGGAUGGACUCAUCCAGAAGAUCGCAGGGUCAAAGCUAAAUGACUGUUUGAACCAAGUUCAUGUCUCUCUUUCAGAGUCGAUUCUUUCAGACAUGGAUUAUAUAACAAAGAAUGAUUACCAUAUUGGAAACUUUAGUGUGCUUAUUUCAUAAUCUCUGCGAUACAAGCCUCAAAAGCUUCAGAUGUUGGUCUAAGAAUGAUAAUAUCUUCUA